AUGUCUAAUAGAGUUGCGAACUGUUUUAUGUCACCCAUAAAUUUCAUUAGGGGUAUCAGAAUGGAAAGUUUUAGGCAGCGGGAAAGGAUAGAUUUCCCCAGCUCCGGUGGCUUAAACUUCAUUUGUUUUAGCUGGCUCACAGAUUGGAUCUUGUUAAAAUCGCACCAGGAACUCACAGAUGAUGAGCUACCAUCGGUAGAUCCAGUUGAUAAAGAUUUAUCUAAGGUUGAAACUCUUGAGGCCAUCUUAGACAAACAGACCAAGUUGCUAUGUGAAGGUCUUUUUGGUAAAUUAAACAUUGCUGUUUACAUCACAUACUGGAAAUCCUUUCUUAUGCUCAUCAUCUUAGGACUUUUAAGGGAUAUUAUGGAAUUUUGCAAUGUACUAUUGCUUAAGACUAUACUUAAAAAUAUGCAAAAUGAGGACGCUAUAAAUAAUAAGUUUUUAAGUGGAUUGGUGACCACAACACUUUGCAUAUUGCAAAUUGUUGACAUAUUUUUUGAUACCCACUUCUUUUUUUAUUACUACAGAUUGGAGAUACGAAUAGAGACAACACUUGGAGCCCUAAUUUGCAAAAGGGCUUUAUAUAAUCCCGCUGGUGUCGAAGAGAGUAUAGAAAAUUGCAAUAUAGUUAAAUCUAAUGAAGGGGCAAAUUUGUUGAAUUUACAACUGUUUGACAUAGAAAACGCAUCUUGGGGCGUCUUAGCCAUUACAGAUUUGCUACUUACUCCCGUUCGUGUGGCAAUUAUCGCCACGUGGAUGUACAAUCAGGUUGGGAAUGCUUCCACCACAUCCACGCUUAUUGUUGGAUUAAUCACCCUUUUGAUGUGUUUGCUACAGAUAAAAUCUUCUUCACUUGUAAAACUAUACCUAAAAAAGCUGGAUUCAAGGGUGGUGGAGACCAAGAACAUUUUGGGCAAUAUCAGGACGUUAAGGCUAAUUCGUUGGAUGGAAUAUUCAAAGGAGGCAAUACUUACCAGUAGAACACGGGAAUUGCAAAUUUGUAAUAAAAGAGCAUAUUUAUAUGCUGUAUCCAAUUGGUUAGGAUCGGUACUUCCAUAUAUUGUAUCAUUGGUAACCUUCGUUUUGUACUUGAUGGAAAAGACCCCAGAUCUGAGCUUGGAUGCCUCAGUUGCAAUACCGCUAAUGCAUACUAUUACCUAUUUGAUACGGCCAAUGAAGCACCUUUCUGGGCAUCUUGCUGAUCAUCUUUCUGGUAUAGCUUCACUUAGGCGUAUUUCCAAGUAUCUAAAUUUACACUCUAACAAUCGUGCAGAUGAUGCCAACAUACAUGAGGAUGUAAACACUGUUGACAAAGCUAACGAUGUGGAAUUUGAGAAAAAACUCAUAAAAUUGGUUAAAAAUGGUGGAGUAACCGUGAUAACAGGCCUAUCACAGGGAAACAAACUGGAAUUUUUAUCGCAAUUGGAGUCCCGCAUCAUAAAAUUGGAUUGCGAAUGCAUCCUUACUACACCAACUUCUUGGCUCCCUUCUGGCACGAUACGAAGCGUUAUAACCUUCUUUCGUCCAUAUAAUGAAUUAAUAUACAAUAGAAUAGUUUCAGCAUGUGGAUUGACAGAUGAUUUUGAUAGCUGGGAAGAUGGUGAUCAUCGCACAAUUGACGAGAGGGGGGGUAGUUUAUCGACGGGCCAACGUACUAGAAUUGCUAUGGCUAGGUCAAUUUAUUACCAAGAAAUUAAAGGAUCGAGUGGCAAUUCUCCACUGGUACAGUUGAUUGGCAAUGUGUUUUCUGUACUAGACCCCAGCCUUGCUUGUCAAGUUUUCUGGUCACUUUUCACCAACUUAGACGACCCAGGCAUAUUAUCCAAUAGCACAUGCUUUGUGUUAAUGGACGAGAAACUAAUUAAGCAUAUUUACCAAUUGAAACCGGCAAGUUUCAAUUUAGCCCUUUACAAUUAUCAGCUGGAUCCGGUACCCCUUGGAACAAUUUUGGAUGUAUUUCCUAAACUGACCUACAGUAAUUUAGACGUUAGAAAUAUGAAAAUUGAGGAUAUUGAUUCAUUGGAAUCGCCGAAAUCCAUUCUUUUGGACACUCCCAGAAAGAAGAUUAAGAAUCAUGCGAUUCCGGAAAGUGAUACAAGCACACCGCAAUUACCCCUGUUACAACGUUAUUCGUGGUAUCUACGCCAUGUAGGAUAUUUUCCACUUUCAAUACUAGUGUUUUGUACAGUAUCUUCGGCUAUGGCUCAUGUUAUUAGUGAUUUUAUCAUCGGAAAGUGGUCUUCGGCUGGAUCUCAAGAGGGGCGCAUGUAUCUAUACCUGUUCACUUUAUUUACGUCUUUAACAAUCGUGUUUGAUUUAUGUAAGUGUUUUUAUCAGGCAAUUGGCAAUCUUUCUGGCGCCAAAAAUACGUAUGAAUCUUCAGUGUCUGGCGUGUUGUGUUCGCCUAUGACUUUUUACGACAGUAUGCCAUUAGGCCGCAUAAUAAACCGACUAUCAACGGAUCAAAAUUACGUGGACCAGUCGCUGUUUCACCGUUUUUGCGAAGUGACAUCAGCACUAUCCAGUAUCACACUGAUACUAUUAUCACUUUGUUAUUUGAAUCCUAUUUGUAUUGUAAUAUUCCCAUUUUUUGUACUCUUGGUCUAUUGCUGGGUCUUCAAACAUUAUAUGGGAAUAAACAAGGAGAUUAUGAAGCGAACUCUUCGAAAACGUAGCCCACUUUGCACUAUAUGUAACCAAUGCAUUGAUGGGGAAUCGGUUAUUAGAUCAUUUAAGGUUGAGAAAUUUAUGUACCAAAAUUAUUUAGAUUCUUUACUUGAAUAUCAGAGAAUGCGAUUUAUCAAGAUUUCCUCUGCAUCUUGGGCCUUAUUGCGCCUUAGAGUGCUAUCUUUGCCACUGGAAUUUGCUUCCGCUGUCCUUACCCCUUUUCGAGGUAUGGCAGACAGAUCGAUCCUGAAGUUAGAUCCAACCCCUAGGGUUGGACUGGCCCUUUCAUACUCAUUUGCCUUUGCUAAGCUUACUAGACAACUGAUAAAUACGAUUGUACAGCUGGAGACGGAGAUGUGUUGUGCAUCUAGGCUUCAAGAAUUAUCGAUUAGCACCUUCGACAACAUUUACACUAAUGCUGACCAAUCCAAUGUAUUUACAACUGCACACAAAUCGUUAUCAAUCGAAUUUCCUCCAAACAUAGAGAAUUUUACUGAUAUUCACACUCUGACAAAUGACAAAUACGACUUUUACAACUUUGGUAGGGGUUUAUAUGGGAUAGUUGGUAGAACGGGUGCUGGCAAAAGCACUUUGUUGAAUUAUAUAUCAGGGAUCAUACCGUUUGAUGGUAAAAUUCAACUGGACGGUGUAAACAUUAGUACGUUAUCAGACGAUGUGUUGGGAGAUAUAGUGGGAGUAAUUCCGCACGAAAUGCCUAUGAUUACGGGAUGGAGUAUACGAAAUUACGUAAAUCCUAGGGGGAUUUACCCGGAUUAUCUCAUCCACGAUUCGCUGCACAAGUCUGGACUAACAUAUUUCAUAAGAAAGUUAGAGUCUGAAGAUCCGCUUAGUACGGUUAUUAUGGACAAAGAUAACAGUGUUAAAUCUUUGUUUACUCCACUGAUAAUUCAAUACAUAUCUGUUGCCCGUUUGAUCCUGCACUCGAAGCUGCUACGGGUGGUGCUGGUUGACGAGCCUAGACAAUCGAUCAAAUCCGGUUUGCCUCCAAUUGGACAAAUAAUUAAUGAAUACCUUCACCAUUGCACAACAUUUAUUAUCGCACACCAUAUCACAUCCCUGGAGACUUGCAAAUCAAUAUAUUUGGUGGAACUGGGACGGAUCGUCAAGUCAUUACCCAUUGAAUACUUUAAAACGCAACAGGACUUGGCAAUGUUCAUCAACUAA